UUUUAUUAUUAUUUUACCCGCCCCUUGUUGAAAUGUCGCGACCUCAGCGAGCGUCUGCGAGCAGGACGAGCUCGUACGCCAAUCAAGACGACGACGACGACGACGACGACGACGACAAUGAGCAGGACAGCGGAGACGAGCCAGGCCUCAAUGCUGACAAUGAUGACAAUGAUGACAAGGACGACAAGGAUGACAAGGAACGCGCGGAACAAGCACCAACAGACUCGGAUUCAAAACCAGCAACUCCCGCCAAAAAGCCUCCAAACAAGCGCCAGUCGCGCGUCUCGAACGACGACGACGACGACGAGCUGCAGCGCGUGCUGGAACUCUCCAAACGGGAGGCAACCCACGGCGGCGUCGCUGUCGAGAUGGAUGUCCAACAAGACGAGGCGACAACCUCAGCCCGCGUCGCCCCUGCGAAACGAAAAGCAGCGGUGAUGGACGACAGCGAUGACCAGGAUCUUGGAAAGCCUGCCGAUGGUACCAAGAACGACAACAACAACGACAACAGCGACGACGACGACGACGAGAGUGCAGACGAGGCAGCACCAAAGCCGAAAAAACAGCCGGCGAAACGCGCUGCACCUGCGCGGAAAAAGACACGACGAUACGAGUCGGAUGAUAGCGCAGACUUUGAUGCCGACGACGGCGGUGGCAAGAGCAGCGAGAGCGAGGCUGAGAGCGACUUUGACGGCAACAGCGAUUCGGACUCUGGCAAAAAGUCCAAAAAGAAGAAGGCAGCCGCACCAAAAGGUAAAAAGGCUCCAGCCGCGCCCAAAGCACCCAGAGCCCCAGCUGCGAAAAAGGCGACCAAAGGAGCCGCUGCGACUGCUGGCACUGGAGCAGCCGCCGCAAAGAAGGCCGCCACUGUGCCUGCUGCUGCGGCUGCUGCCAAAAAGCCAGCCGCUGCCACAGCCCCAGCUGCCCGACCGGCCCUCGCUAAACCUGCCGUUGGCGCAGCUCGGUCGAUCGCUCCUCCAAGACGGACAUUUACCACGCCUGCGUCCGUCGCUGCGCCUUCUCGUGACAGCGACGAUGAAGGCGAGUCGACAACGCGAACUCGUGCCUACAACGACGACGAAGAGCCCUCUCGAAACUCGCGCGAUGCAGAGUUCGACGACAACGAGGACGGUAACUACGAUCGUGCUCAGCGAAAGCGAGGCUCGGAUGCAGACGAGGAAGACGAUGAGCCCGUUGUCAAGCGAAAGCCGGCAGCUUCCUACACGCCCGUCCGACCGGCUGGUGUCGCUUCGCCGUCAGCGCAAUCAGCAGGCCGCGUAGCUCUUGCUGGUGGUGGUCGCGUUAUCAUUCCUGGCGGAGGCGGCACGCCAUUCAGGCGUGUGGGGUUGUCACGCAGCUCGAAUGUUCCGCCAUUACAUCCAAACAUGCACAAGUGAUUCUCUCGAUCGCGGGGGGUUGUGCUUUUCAUCGGGUUGUUUAAUACAUGUCAUUUCCUUGUUCGAAUGUUGUCAUCGAAUGUUGGAACGAACAGAGUACUGUAC